AUGAAGUUGUUCAAUACUAUUUGGACGAUAUUACUAAAAAGUAUUAAUGGAGAAUCACCAUCUAUUUCUGAAGUUAUGAAAAUUAAUUCUAUGGUAUCUGAAAUAAUUUCUCAUCAAACUACUGAGAGAGUAUGUCAGUUAUAUGAGUUAUUAGAUAAGUCUUUACAAGAAUUCUUUGCUAAAGUCUUAAAGACCUUUGAGUCUUUCUCACCAAAUAAAAUUUUAGUGUCAUAUUUAACAUUUAUUCAAACACUAUCUCAUCUUAGAAAGAUGAUGAAGAUUGUACUAUAUCCUAUCUACAUAACUAUUCCUAUGAUCAGAUCUCAAAAAUUCUCUUCUUUCCCAACACCAGAACAAGUAUUCUUAAAUGGACUUAGAAAUUAUUUUUAUACACCUCUUGUUGGCCAAUUAGAUCCUAAUAUUAAUAAAGAAAUGGGUUAUUAUACAUCUUCUAAUACUGAACUUUCUAAAAAGGCUGAAUUAAAAUUAACUCAAUUCUAUACUAAUUUAUGGGAUAUGGCAAGUUGUUCUUCAUAUAUUAAUCAAGAAGAUAAUAAAACACAAGAAAUCUUAAAAUAUUGUACCUUUGUAUUAAAUCAUUUUAAUAAUCUCGAAAAUAAUUUUGUUGUCAUUUAUCAUUAUUGUGAAAAGACAGUUCCUUUAUCUGUUCGAGAAGAGGUAGAAAAAGUAUUAUAUACCAAAAUAUUUGGUCAAGAGUCAUUAGAAAAGUUUACUUCUAUUUUUAUUCAACACUUCACUUCAAAAUUUGAAUAUACUCAAACAAUUUAUCGUGCCUCAAAAACUAUUGGACUUUCUAGUAAAUUUGAUGAAGUAUUAAAAGAGUUCUUAGUAAAUGAUUUUAAAGAAAAAGAAGAAAAACAAAUUAUUAUUAAUUAUAUGUAUUGGAAAAAUUUUAUACAAGCACAUUAUCCAGAAGUUACAGAUUUUAGUAAUAGUCUUAAAAAUGUUCUUAAUAAUUUGUUGUCUAAAGGAUUUGGUGUUAAAACAGUUGCUGUUGAAUUGAUGAAAGAUAAUGAAAUGAGUGUUGCAAUGGAAUUAUAUAACAUUUGUGAAAUUAAAGACUCUAUUCAUACUUCAUUAAUAUCAUUCAUUGGAGUUGCUCUUGUUAAUGGAAAAGAAGUUCCACAUAAGUUUUUACAGUCUGUUAGUCCAUCAACUGGAGGUAGUUUCAUUUAUAUAACAAAACGAAUGAUUGCUGAUUCAAAAGAAUCUUCAGAAUUAUCUCAUCAAUUUAUGAAAACAACAUAUUAUCAAUGUUUACACACAUCAAUGCAAAUUAAUGUUUUAAUUGCUACUAAUCAUAUUUGGCCAUUAACAUUUGUUUCUGUACCACCAUUAGAAGCUUUAAAACCUAUUAUUGUUAUGUUUGUUGGAUUUUAUCAUAAAAAAUAUGUUAAAAGAAUGUUAAGAUUCUUACAUAAGUCAUCAAUUUAUAAUAUACAAUUUAAUGGGUGUAAAGGAAUUCAUACGUUAAAUCAUAGUCAAGCAGUAGCAUUAAUUAUGGCGAGUGAAGGAAAUUUAACAGAAGAUGAAUUUAAAAAUAAAGUUAUUGGUGGAGAAGGAGUUAUUUCAUUUUUGAAGAAAAUGAAUUUAAUUGAUACAAAUAAUAAAAUUAUUCCAAUUCAGGAAGAUGUUAAUAUCUCAACACAUAAAGUAAUUUCAAAACAAAAAAUAAAGGAAGAGUCUAUCAUCAAAGAUACUAGUUUAGCUAUUCAAGCCAAGAUUGUUAGAACAAUGAAAAGAGCCAAGUCAGCAACAAAAAAACAAAUCAUUUCUAUGAUACAAUCUGAUGACUUAGUUGUCGAUGCAAAACUCAUUCAGCCUUAUCUUGAUGAAAUGGUAAUCAAAGAAUAUUUGGAGUAUGAUUCUAACAAAGACAUUUACAAUUAUAUUUCAUAA